AUGUCCGGCGGGGUGGUCUACAAAGAUUUGCUCCCCAUUCCCGCGGAGGAUCCUCGUCAAGAGGAGGGCACAACACCUACAUUAACAGACAAACCGACUGAGAGUCACGCCUUGGCUCUGGAGGCUGCAAAGAACCCAGAGCUCGCUGGAGCUGCACAGAUGGCCCAUGGAGAAGAGGUUGUAGAUCUGGGCUGGAAUGAGCCUAAAGAAAAGGUGGAGGCGCCGCUUGUGGGAGGAUUGGACAACGAGGAUCUCUGGGUGUUGGUUCGAAGAUUUAAUAAGCAAAUGUAUCAUGUCAAAGAGAUCCCAAACCCGCCUCCCGGUGGCCUCGACCUCAAUAUUGCCGACGAAGAAGAGUUCUCACCCGACAAAUUGAGGAGCAAUAUCGAGCGCCUCUAUAUGACAAUUGGUCUCGGGAUGAUGGGCUUCGGAAAGCAUAUCAUGCGAUUGCGAUCAUGGCGCGAGACGAGACGAACGUCCUGGUUUUGCGCGGCGUACUUUGCUGCUUGGUUUCUCGAUCUACUAAUCCCUGUCCUAUCCCUUACCGUCGUGGCACUCAUCGCCUAUCCACCGAUCCGUCCGAUACUAUUUCCACCUGCCCCAAUCGCUCUGGUGUCUAGUAACACUGGAGGUAUUCAGAAGCCGAAGGCAGGAACAUUGGGCAGUCAUGACAGUGCCACGGGUGCCCCGGAGAACCACAAGGGAGAGGCAGUUGAGCAAGAGGCUAGCAACUUUGUCAGUGGUAUUGCUUCUAUAGCACUAUCAAGCGCGACCGGAAAACAUCCUCAAGGUGAACCGCCAGCGGAGGAUGAUUCUCCAGCAGAUGCAGUCCCAGACCCUACCUCUAUUGCGAUGAGCGCAGCCGAUGCGAAAGACAAAGCUGCCGGUGGCACGCCUACGAAGAAACAUGACAAGACGAAAGUGCCCAUGGAGACCGCGAUGUGGAGUAAGAUGCGUCCCAUCAUGCACGGCCUCGCUGAUGCAACUGACACCUGGGAGCGUUUCGCGAACGCACUGUCGCCUACGCCUCCCUUUCCUCGAGAUCGCUAUCGCAUCCGCUUAGCUGCGGUCGUCGCGCCUAUUGUCCUCAUGUCUCUCUUCGUCACUUCCUACAUGUUCAUGAAAGGCAUCACCUUUGGCGUAGGCUUCAGUUUCUUCGGCGAUCCAGUCAUUCAGCCAGCGUUCGCCUACCUGAACCGUGAAUUUCCCAAUUGGCAAAAACUUCUCGAGCUGCGCAACACCCUCCUUAAAGGUGUUCCAACGAAUGCUCAACUCACCAUCACACUGCUGCGUAUCGGCGAAGCGAACAAAGCACCACUUGUGCCUCCACCUCGCAUCGACGAACCGCCGCCAGACAAGCCCGCCGAGAUCAGCGAGAAAGAUCUGCGCGCUGCUGGUGCAGACUGGCCCCUCAAUGCCACUCAGGAAGAGCUCGACGAAGCCCUGACGCAUGAUCCAACCACCGCCCACGAGACGGCAGGCUCGGAUAUCGACUCAGCCAAGGAUUCCAAGCACGGCAAGAAAGGAAGCAAGAUCCUCAACUUCUUCAAAGGCACCGUCAAAGGCGGCGUCGAGACCUCCAUGGGCGCCGACAAAGUCAAAGCCAAGGUCGGCAAUAUGCACGCGAAGAACCGGCUUGGUGCUGUGCCUAAGCCUGGCGAGAAUCUCACGUCUGGUCCUGUGGAGUUCAAAGGGAGGUAUCACGGCCACAAAGGCCAUGUGUACAUCACGUCUAAAGCCACGGUUCCAUGUGUCGCCUUCUCCACGGACAGCACGAUUGAGAAGGUCGGUACCGAGGAGAGAGAAGAUUUGCACCCUCAGUGGAGCAUUCCCAUUGGCGACAUCAGCGAGAUGAAGAAGGUUGGGGGGUAUGGCUGGAAGGCUAAGCUUGUCAUUGGCUGGGCGAUGGGAAGAGAGGUUGCGGAUGGCUUGGAGAUUGUUCUGAAGGACAGACCUCCGAUGCCAGGAGACAAGAGUCAGAAGGCUGGCGAGCCGAUCAAGUACAAAGUGACUGCUCUGCCGUUGCGAGACGAGCUGUUCAAUCGGCUGGCUAGUAUGGGAGGGCAGAAGUGGGAAUGCUGGUAA